UCAUGUUCCCUCCCUGCCACCAGGUCCCCCUUAUUGCUGACCUUGACCCGAGCCCUGUCCCCCGCCGUGCUGAGAAUGGGGGGGUCAGCUGCUAAUUUCCUGACCUAUGACCCCCAGGCAAGGUCACAGGUGUCAAGGAACGAAGAAGGAGAGGAGGAAGAAGAGACGAUAAUUGAGGAAGUGAGACACGAUAGAGAGGAGAUAGGAAUGGAUGACGAUGAAGAUGAAGGAGGAAAAAUGGGUAGAAAAGGAGAUUUUAACGAAGUAGAGGAGGCGGAACACGAUGAAAGACGGGACGAAGAAGAAGAAGAGGAGGAGGAAGAAGGAGAAACACCGAUUAUCGCAUCAACUCAUCUCCCGGAGGAAUACGAAGACGAAAGAGAAUAUGACGAAGGCGAUUACGAAGAGGAGGAGGAAGAAGAGGAAGAGGAAGAAGAAGAAGAAGAAGAAGGAGAAAGAGAAGAAGAUUUAGAAAAGGCGAGAAAUUCAGCCACCCGGUUCUCAGCCUCAAAGAAAACGGGAAGGCCGAAGGGCAUAGAAAACGGAGAUGACCUGGCUGACUGUGAGUGUGGUUCAACCAGACAAGUCUUCACGAAUUUUACCAUGACAGGUCGUGACUGGCGGAUCCUACAGGACUUCGCCAGGGACGUCGGGAUGUCACUGCUGUUCGAUGUCAACCAAUUCUACCGUCGAGAGGGAGACAGUUCUUGGGAUCCAGCGAACGCCAGGCUGAUAGUGAGGGACGUCGAGGAGGAAAGGGGGGCGGGGGAUAUCCUGUGGCAGCUCGGGAAUGAACCGAACGCAUACAACCACAAGUUCUCGCUGAGGAUCGCACCGAACCAGAUGGCCGAGGAUUACCUUCGCCUGCGUCAGGAGCUCGACGGGCGCUUCCCUCACGCCGGCGUCGUGGGUCCUGACGUCACCAGACCGAAGAAGAUGAACAGGAAGUUGGCUUUAAAAAUGUCUUCUGUGGAUUAUCUUGGGUCAUUCUUGUCAACGGUGAAGAUAAACCUGACAGCUGUCACAUGGCAUCAGUACUACGUGAACGGACGCACAGCAACACUAGAGAAGUUCUUAUCCCCUGAAGUUUUCGAGCAGCUGGUGUGGCAGGUGGAGGAAGUUGUGCGGGUCAGGGAUCAGCUGUCGCCGAGGACCCCGGUCUGGCUGACCGAAACCAGCUCGGCGUGGGGAGGAGGUGCCCCCGGCCUCAGCAACGCCUUCGCUGGGGGGUUCCUCUGGCUGGAUAAGCUCGGGGUGGCGGCGCGCGGCGGGAUCGGCCUCGUCGCCCGCCAAACCCUCUAUGAUGGGUGUUACGCGCUCCUGGAUCACGAUCUGAACCCUUAUCCUGUAGGUGUUGUCGAUGCUUUUUUUAAUCUGAACCCUUAUCCUGUAGGUGUUGUCGAUGCUUUUUUUAAUCUGAACCCUUAUCCUGUAGGUGUUGUCGAUGCUUUUUUUUAAUCUGAACCCUUAUCC